AUGCGACACUUCUCGCUCAGGCAGGUUUCCGAAAAUGAUGCAGUCCGACUGUACGAAUGGACCGAGCGGGAUCCCUCUGCCGUACUCAAAUGCACCUGUCAGCAGGUCCGAAGUAUGAAAACGCUGCCAGAGCUGUCUUACGCGAUAGGAGGUCAGACGCUAUUCCUGCAUCACGAGCGACCAGCACUUCGGGCGGAAGUCUACGGCAUGGUUGUUGGAGUCACCGCCAAAGAAGAUCAAGUCCACUAUGAAGUGGAUGAUGGUACGUCGGUGCUUCGUAUAGUCGAAACCCGCAAGUCAUUGUCACGUCGGACCAAAUCGCUCGCCGACCAGGCAGGUGCGGUCGCCGCUGCGUCCUGCGGGAUCCCGGAAUGCUACAUCAUGCCACCGCAGCCUCAGGCGUCCACCUCCGCCAACAGGCUCGACAAUCCGGCGCCCGCAGCAUUUCUACCAUCGAUGGCUCCACGCUUCAAAGUCGCAGACAUUAUUGGUUGCGCCGGCAAGAUACAGAUUGACCGUGGUGGCCAAAGAUAUCUUCUGGCUGAUCGUAUGGCGCUCUGCGAUGACAUCAACAUGGAAUCAUACCAUCAGCGUGACGUGAUCAAGAGCGAGAUCGAGCUUUACCGUAGACCCUUCGAUUGGAACAUGGUCGAGCUCGCCAAAACGGAGCCCGCAGCUAGGCAGUCCGCCUCUCGUCGCCUCCUUCGAAAACCGCUUUUACGUGUGCUUAGAUCUGACGUGUCGCCGGACGCAAAUUCCGUCACUGCACCUGCGAUGCACGACGAUGCAGAGCCAAAGAUGGAUCGUUCACACAGGCGACGCUUACCGGAAGAGCUUGCCCGCAAGUUGCUUUCAGGCGGGACCGCCUAUCCGUCGCCCCCCGAGUCAUCAUCAAUGUCAUCACCGUCGCUGCCCCGUUCGAGCGAGCCGAGCAUCUUGUCUCGAUCAUCCGAGUCCAAUCCUCGACAGCUACGCGCGCCGACCAAGGUUCCGGAUCGCAAUCUGACCGAAUCCUACUUCCAGCUCCAAAUUCAGCAGCAUAUCAGCCAGCACUACCGCUCCCAGCCUUUUUCCGUCUCAGAUCUUCGCUCUGACUCCGUCCUCUCCACGCUCGCUCAACGCCUCGUUCGCAUUCGGCUGCAGCAUCGUCUUGCUUCUCGCUCUAAUGGGGCCAUGCACAGCAUCAACUCGGGCACCAGCGAGCAGCAGCUAGACAAGAUUCACCGGCUCUUCGAAUGGGCUGUCCGAAAAAUGAUGCAGGACGGCUUCGUCACCCUCGCCGACGCCAACUGCUCGGAGCGGUCUGGGACGUUUCGGCACAGCAAUGAUGGCAGCUGCGAAACGUAUCGUCUCGUCACUCCAGAGUACCUUCUACGGCCACUGCAAACCUUGCUUGGUAACAAGACCUUCAUGUCGCCAGACGACGCUGCUAUCCAAGACGUGGAACAACUCGCUACACGGCUGCGCAUCCUCGACGACCGUUUCAGAAACGUCGAUCGCUGUCUCGUCCAGGAUAGUCUCGCCCUGUAUCGUGCGCGCUGUACCCCCAUCGUAAUCGACUAG